AUGGAAGCGGGAAUUAUAUUCUACACCACCGUUCCAUGGAACCUCAAACGCUCCUUCCCUCGGAAUAACCGUGAUUUCCCGCGCUUCAUCAGGGCUUCAGCAAAUUUACAAUCACAGAAAAAAAGUUACCAAGGACCAAAGCCGAGUAAAGAUUGGGCAGCCGAUUGCUCAACGAACAACGACGACAUUAUUCGGAGCCUGCCAAUUUAUGUGAGAGGAGUGUCCCUCUUGGCUGUGCUCUUCAACGGAACCGUUUCGGAUAUAGCUCCCGUGGCUGAUGCCAGUAGUAGCGUAGAUUAUGAGAAAUUUGCAUGCUCAACUUCGUUCCAUGAAAUGUUGAACAAUUGGGAUAUGAAGGGUGGAAACUAUAGAUUUGAGCUCAUUCAUGCUCCAAUUGAUUUAUUUAUUUUUUUUGGUAAGUCAAAAAAUUAACGUGGAGGAGUGGCUGUCAUGGAAAAUUUUACAGAAACAAGUACCAAGAGUUCUCUUGUUCUGAUUUCUUUUUAUUCUGUUUCUUUUUUUUUUUUUUUCCAAAGAAACAAAUUAUCUGCUUUUUGUCGGUACUGAGUGUUACUGAAAGAUACACGACUCUCGUGAUCAGAGUAUGUUAUGUAUGAAUUUAUGCAAUUUUAAUUUUCUUUACAGUUCACAAGCCAGAGUGGGUUUAUUGACCAUUGCUUUGGUUGUGACCAAUAUAUUAUUAACUGGUCUUGUAUGGUUGUCGAUCCAGCCAAA